GUGUGCUGCUCAGUGGUGCUAUGGGGCUGUAGUAGGUAGCUACGUGCCUUUGUGCACAACACCACCAUUCGUUUUAGAUGGCCUGGUGAAAGCCGGCCGGUUGGUUUACGCUACAGGGAAAAGGGGACCGUGUUUGGUUCGUAAAGAGCAGCAAGAAUGCGGCGCAGACUGACAGGCAGAGCUGUGCAGGCGCUUGGCAGCGGAGCUCCGAGGAUAAUGGGCUUUCUGCUGCCUCCAUCAUCCCAGAAAGCUGUUGGUCUCGUUUCGGCUCUAGAAAACGGCGUUAACGCAAGGUUUCGGUCUACGUCGUCCAUUUCGAGCUACUCAGAGCUGGCCAGAGAGAGAUCUAAAACCGUGACGUCUUUUUACAACCAGUCGGCCAUCGACGCAUCCGCUGAAAAGCCUUCUGUUAGACUCACACCAAGCACCUUACUGUAUGCAGGCAAGUCUCCAGAUGGAAGCCAUAUCUUGAGCAGUGCCAGGUACUUGCACAAAGAGCUGCCUGUACGUAUCGCUCAUCGUAUCAAAGGUUUCCGCAGCCUGCCUUUUAUUAUCGGUUGCAACCCCACCAUCCUGCAAGUGCAUGAGCUUUACAUCCGCGCCUAUCACAUGCUGAGCGAUUUUCCGGCGAUUAAAGAUCAGGACACCGAGUCACGCUAUAGCAAGCUUGUUCAGCAGCUCCUUGAUGACCAUAAAGAUGUGGUCACCAUGCUUGCAGAGGGCUUCAGGGAGUGUCGUAAACACAUCCAAGAUGAGGCACUUGUCCGAAAUUUUCUGGACACAACCCUGACGUCGCGUCUGGGCAUUCGCAUGUUGGCCACGCACCAUCUAUCCCUUCAUGAAGAAAACCCUGAUUAUGUGGGCAUCAUUUGCAGGCGUCUGUCACCUAAAAAGAUCAUUGAGAAGUGGGUGGACUUUGCACGACGGCUGUGUGAGCACCAGUAUGGAAACUCACCGCAAGUUCGGAUUAAUGGCCAUGUGGCGGCCCGCUUCCCGUUCAUCCCUCUUCCUCUAGACUAUAUACUGCCUGAGCUCCUGAAGAAUGCCAUGAGGGCCACCAUGGAGAGCCACUUGGACACCCCUUACAAUGUACCAGAUGUGGUGGUUACCAUUGCCAACAAUGAUACUGACUUUGUCAUCAGGAUCUCUGAUCGUGGUGGAGGCAUUCCGCACAGUAUAAUGGAUAAGGUAAUGGACUAUCACUUCAGUACGGCUGAGCAGAGCACCCAAGACCCACGUAUGAGCAACCUCUUCAACACCAUGACCAACAGCGGCCCUCAGUCUGGCCCCAUGCAUGGGUUUGGCUUUGGUCUGCCUACCUCUCGAGCAUAUGCGGAAUACCUGGGAGGUUCUCUGGCCCUCCAGUCAAUGCAGGGCAUUGGCACUGACGUGUACCUGCGUCUGCGCCACAUUGAUGGAAAGGGAGAGAGCUUCAGAGUGUGAAGCACAGAGGGCCGUUUACAGCGACGUUGCCAACCGCAGCUGAGGUGUUUUUUUUUUUUUAGGGUUUAAAGGUUCACUGAGGCCUGGAAGCACCACUUUUAUUAACUUCAGACAUUUCCCCCUUCUCUCCUAUUAAAUGUACCCAUGUACCCGACAUUGACAAAGUUUUUCUUUUGUCUACUUUUUUUCUUUACAUUUCAGUUUUUUUUUUUCCUGCAUGAAAGUGUCAGACACAGUGCUUGUUAAUGGAAUGAAGAGGUUCCCUUGGGAAAACAAUGUUGAUGUUCACUGUGAUGAAGCAAAAGGGGGGAAAAAAGCCUUAAGAGGAUGGGACUUUUUUUUUGUCUCUACUUAAAGACCCUCGAGGUUACCCAGCGUUGAAUACUCCUUAAACACUCCUGGUAGAAGAUGCUGUCUGCUUACAUUGAUUCCACUCUUGGUUUGCCUCUGGAUGACGAAUGAACUUAAACACCUGAAAGCCAUUUUUGGAUGCUUUCUCUGAGGGAACCUAAGUGUCAACGUGGAUUGAAGGACUUCAUUACGGUUACUGGUCGUACUCUUGGAGAUAAAUCUAAGGACAGUUCUACUGCCUUACUGACACAUCCAAGUAGCUGCCUCCUGCUCAGCAGUUGUCCAGUGUUUAAUCAUGUGUGCUUUGACAUUUCAACGUAUUUACAACCGAGGGUUUUGAUUUUAUGUACAUGUAAUGCUUGGCAUGGAAAAAGGCUGUUUGCCUACUUACACGUAAUUCAAAUGCAGGUUGUGUUGUCUUUUUUUUGUCAAUCCUUCUAAAAAUAAGAUAAUUAAAAUAAGAUAUUAAGUAAUUAUUCAUAUUUGAAAGGAUAUAUAUUCUUCAACUCUCUUCUUUAGACAUGAUGUCUGGCUGGGUUUGAUUCAACUCACAUUCCAAUGGAGGUCACAGAUAUUACAGUCUCAUGAGAGAUUCCUUCUAAGAUAUCUUGUGAUUAAUGGGUCAUUUUGAUUAUUACAGCAAGUAGUCUUAUUGUAGUAUUAAAGGAAAGCUUUAGCGGUUAUGUAUUUUUUCCAAUCUUUCUCUGUUUGCCACAUCUGUAGCAUACACUUAUUUUUUUUAUUCUAACCAUGGCCAGUAAGCCAUGGUUAAAAAAAACACUCAUAAUACAAGUCAAACACUCAUAAUACAAGUCAAAGGGCAGGUGCUUCGGCUUCAGUGCCUGCCUGUUGACUUCUAUACUAAGUGUGCUUCAUUGUGUUUGUCAACUCUAUAUUGUGUGUGUGUGUGUGUGUGUGUGGCAAUUAACCUACGCUACAGAUGUGGCAAAUAGAUUAGGUUGGAAAAAAUGCUGAUGUAUUUCUUUAACACAAGCAAGCUGUUGUUAAUGACCAUAGUAUGUAAUGGGUUUGUAGCUGUAAUGAGGGGUUUUGGGGUUGACAACUUGUCUGCAUUGGUUCACUAAGAUGCCAUGUGAUGGUCUGUACACGUGUUGAAAAUUGAAUGAGGUUUGUUGCCCAAGGCUGCCCUCUACUGGGUUAACAUGAGUAUUAACUUCCCUUGUAACACAGUAGUUUGAAUGGUUGGAGGUAAUCAUUUUUUAUGUUUUUCAAAUGUAAUGGCAUGGAAAAAAAAGACUAACAUGCACAUAUUAACACAACUUCAUAUGUAAAUAUAUGGCCAAAUUAUGACAUGAGGUGUCCAGAAUGAUGUCAAGAAUGGGAUCAUUUUUAUUGGAUUUUUAUUUGUUGUUGGCUUUUUUCCAUAGAUGCCAAAUCUGCAUAGUUUCCUGGGCAUUAUAAAGUUCUGAAUGAGAAAU